GAACCUCUCCCUCAUCCCAAAAUAUAUAAUAUGCCUACUAUUAACCAAUUAACUAAAAAGCCCCGGGUUCCUAAAAAGCGUAAAAAGUCGCAAUGGUCUUUUCCGCAAAAAUCGGGUAUUUGUAAGAAGAUUGGAAAAUUGAAACCCAAAAAACCAAAUUCGGCAUUGCGGAGCGAAGGUCAUAAUUUACAGGAAUAUUCGCGAGUUUUAUUUUGUGGAGGUGGACCCAAAGACCUAGUGGGAGUAAAAUAUCAUGUCAUCCGGGGUCAUAGUGAUUGCCAAGGAGUAAAAAACCGCAAGCAAGGUCGUUCUCUUUACGGAACCAAGAAAGG